UUUCUCUACCCUAGUCUUCCUCAACUCUCUUGAAUGGUUCAUUCUCUGAAUCAAAUCCCAAAGUAUUUUUUUGAAUAGUUUAAGGGGCCUUCAACAAUUGUCAAUACAAUUCUGAAGGUACAAUGCUGAAGGGAUCAACCCAAAUUUUGAUAAAAACCCAUAACAAACACUUAAAGAACUUCUCAACUAACAGUAUAGUUAGAGCCAUUGCUUCAAUUUCAAAUUCUAGUGGGUUAUCUGAGCUCCCAAGGAGCCCAAAGAGUCCCGAGAGAAAGCCAUUGGUAACAAGCAUUAACGAGCUCAAGAGGAGAGGGAGACAAAGGAGAAAAGAGAGGAAAGAAGUUCGAGAGUUCGUGCUUAAGCCGCCCGAGAAUGGGCUGCUUGUGAAGAGCUUGGUACCGGUUGCACACCAGGUGUUCGAUGCGAGGAAGGAUCUUUAUCGAUGCGUUUCGGUGGUUUUGGAGAGCAUCCCGGUUCAUGUUUGCAGAGUAUGUGGAGAAGUUCAUAUUGGAAAUUAUCCUCAUAAAAUUCGUACUUGUGAUGUUGCUGUGAGUCUUCAGACAAAGGAGCACAAUUGGGGAGGAGGAGGAGGAAUUGAUCAUAUUCUUCCUGUAGUGAAUUCAUUUCAUCUCUAUGAUAGAUUGGGGAGAGCAGUUUCUCAUGAAGAACAACUCUUAGUCGAUAGAAUCCCGGCAAUCAUGGAGUUAUGUAUACAAGCCGGUGUAGAUAUUCCUGAGUAUCCAACGAAGAGACGGGUGCAUCCUGUUUAUAAUAUUGCUGGAAAGAUGAUAGAUUUUGAGCGGAAGUUCCCACGUGAUUACUCAAGUGGAAAAGAUAUUCAACCAUAUGGAUUUUGGGCGAAGAAGAAAACCUCUGAGGAUUGCAGCUCUGAAUCAUUAUCAUCUGGUGGAAGCAUUCAAGACAUAGCCGAGUCGGGCAUGAAAGCAUGGUCGAAGAUGCACUCAGGUGCCCUAAAGCUCAUGCAGAAGUAUCCGGUCCAAACAUGUGGAUACUGUCCCGAGGUUCAGGUGGGGCCCAAAGGGCACCGUGCAAGGAUAUGUCAGGCUUAUAAGCAUCAGAUGCGUGAUGGGCAGCAUGCUUGGCAGCAGGCAACAAUCGAUGCCCUGGUGCCUCCUGUGUAUGUAUGGCACGUGCCAGGUCAUCAUUUCGGUGGGCCCCUGACUAACGAGAUGAAGAAGUACUAUGGGAAGCUCCCUGCUGUGGUGGAGCUCUUGGCACAGGCUGGAGCAAGUGUGGGAGAGGAGUAUGCUCGGUUUAUGAGGGAAGAUGUUACUUUACCCGGAUUAGAUGAAGAGAAGUUGGUUGUGUGAAGCAGUGUUUAUGAAGCUCGUGGUCAGAUCAGUGAGGGUACAUUGGAGAAGAUUACUUUGGAAAAUAUCCUCAUGAAUGCUGGAUUCUCGGAGUAUCUGAUAAAGGGGACGGACAUUUACUGCUUGCAACUGUUAGUAAAUAGAAUUAUAAUCCUCAAUCUUCAUCAUUUCGGAGUAUUGGUGUGGUUGAACUUUGAAGGGACUUUGAAGAUGAUAUUAGAACGACCUAGGUUCAAAUCCCACUUGGCCGUGUUCCAACUAGAUCAGUUUCUAGAGAAGAAGGAAAGGAAAGCGCAGGCAACGUAUUCUCCAUUGUUCUCAUCUACUGACAGUAAUCAAGGCUAUGAAAAGUCAUUUCGAGGAGGGUGAGCCUUGGCACAACGGUAAAGGUUGCUGCAUUGUGACCUAGAGAUCACGUGUUCAAAUCUCGGAAACAGUCUCUCAACAAAACAUGGCUAAGACUACGUAUAUCUAACCCUCCGCGGAGUCCACAAUGUACAAGUCGCGAACGAAUUCAUGGAGCACUGAGUCUGCUAGAAGCCAAACGUGGGCCCCAAAUAAGCUGUUGACUUAAGCUAGCGCGAAUAAAGGUCAUAUUCCCAAUAUGGAAGGAGUUUUUAGACAUUUAAUAUAUGUUUUUCAUGUAUCACGACAAGACAGAGCUAAGCAGAUUGGCACAUUCCUAGAAUGCCAAUCACAGCGGCAGAUUCCUGAAAUUCCUUCAAGAGUACCUUCCUAGUAAAUUUUCUAUUUUUAGUAAUAAAUUUUGAGCCAGUUUUUUGGGUAGAAAAUCAAUUUUGAAUUUAUUCAAAUUUGACAGAUUUGUUUCUUCUAUCAUAGGAAGUAUUUUAGGGCAGUUUUUGAUGCUUUCUAUUUUGUAAAUUUUAUACUAUUAGGAGUGUAUUACAUGUUUCUAUUUAAGGUGAGGAUUGUAAAUUAGCUGUAU